AUGGACAGAGGGGUUUUUCUGCCGUUCAAGAGAAAUGUUGGUGUCCAGCUUGGGCCUGGAAUUAGAAACUCAGCAUUAUACCUUGCAUCUACGAAAAAAUCGCCAGAGGCGGACUCGAAAUGGAUAUGUGCUGCAGCCAAUGGUGAUGACGCUCAGGCUAAAGACUUUGUACUAGAAGUCGCUGAAAAACAGACGUUUUUGGACAUCGAAAGUGGUAUCAACUCUGUUUCUGAAGCGAUAAGCGGAGAUGAGCUUGUAAACUCGACCAGUGACAGCGAACAAGAUAGCAUUGGUUCACCAGUGGAGAGCUCCAAUUCGUUGAAGCUUUUUAAAAGUGUGCGGAUGCUUACUGAUCAUGGCUAUGAAGCGAGGGUCGACAGUCCUAUUGCACCUUUGGCUUUCUGUCCCCGGCAGGUUCUUGACGUUCCAGAAGGCUUGAACGUGGAUAAUGCACUGCAGGCAGUUGCAAAUAAACAUUCGGCUGACAGAAAAACUGCCACUAAUAAAGACGGCAUGCAUCAUGGUGUCCAACUCCUCCCUCAAAUAAUGGAUCCUAAUGAUAUGAGCAGCUUUAUCGUUGGAUCUGCACACACAACUAAUGAUCUUCGGAUAAACAACGACCCUCACCAGAUCAUUGCUUACGCUUCUGGAGAAACUCGUAGCAUGAUCAACAUCAGCUUGGUGAAACCGACCAAUACCUCAGUACCGCUGACAUUGGUUGACUCAGCUUCAAGCUAUAAUUUGCAUUCAAAAAUUAAAAAUAUCGUCAUCCCGGAUUUUUCCUCAACGCUUAAUAGAUCAUCCGACGUCAUUGCAGUACUGACCACGGUUUCUCUGUAUGUCUUCAAGAUCAGAUCUAUCGAGAGAUCAACGGGCGCCAUGUCCAUCGAAAAACUGGGCCCUUACCCGUUCAGCGUUUUGGAGGAUUUUGCAUUUGUAGACAUUGCCUUUAACCCUUGGGAUUUCAAUGAGUUCGCGGUUGUAGAUGCUAAAGGCAACUGGGUCAUUGGAAAUGUCGUAAAAAAGGGAUCUAGGAACUCUCGUCUGCGAUUUUCUACCAACAAACGUGGCUCAAUCUAUGAUCCUGAAGAGCUCUCUUCGUGGCAUAAAAUAGCGUGGGGUGCAGAUUAUUCAUGCCUGCUUCUUGUAAGUAGAUCAAGGCUAGUGGAGUUGAACUUGAGGAGUAAAUUACAGCUCGAGGUUGUUCAAGCAAAAUCGUGGUCGUCGAUACGUGACUUCAACCGUGUCAAUGAUCAAAUAGCGGUUUUAACUACGAGUAAAGAGAUCAUUCUGAUGAAACUGAGAAAUGAAAAUAUCGAGAGGGUUAUAUCAUGGAAGCACUCUUUAAAUCCGAAUGACACAAGCAUCAGAUCGACGGUACGAGCUGUCGCAGGUGAAGAAUGGCUAUGCCAUCAGGACAAGCUGUUUUUUGCAUUCGUAUAUUCGAGUCUGAGGACUGAAGUACUAGUUCAUGUCUUUGCACAAAGCGGUCUGCUGUGGCAAUCGUUGGGAAGUUCUUUACUGAACCUUCAAGGCAUCAAGGACGGUCUAAGCUGUCUAGUCGUCCCACAGGUUUCAUUGAACUAUGAUCAUGAAGAUUCUAGGAGACCAGAGCUCAAGUGUCUUGUACGCGAAGUUGGUGGCAGUGUGAUAUGGCAAGUCGCAGUAUCUGCAGCAGAAAGGGAACCAGUUGCUUCAGCCUCCCACGAAAAAGUAAUAGAUUUGAGCGACUGGAGCGGGUCCGAAGUCACUCCGAUCGCCAAGAUCAGUAGCGAGGUUACUAAGCUGGACCUUUCGUUGCCUUCCCUGAAUGAUCACAAUAAUGCUGCUACGGAAGAAGCUCAUUUCCAGCAAUAUGGGUACGAUCUUUCGGAUGGUAUGAAUCAAUAUCUAAUGAAAUGGGCGCAGGAAAUGGAGAACCCAGAAGAGGUCAAAGGCAUCGAUUGUUAUUCUUUGGCAAGUCUUGCCGAGGAAAUUUCUUCCGUUGGUAACAUGGAGGAGUUCGGCUCUCUUCUCGAGCAGUUCAAAGGACACUACAGAGAGCAUGAAGUCAACUUCACCGCUUUGCAGACUUUGGCCAAACUGAUUAUCGAAGAUGAUGUUUCAGAUCUGGGUGUUUUUUAUCUAAAGCUCCUGCAAUGCUGGAGUUUUGGUUUCCCGGAUGAUGGGAUUGUCACCAGUGAGGUCCUGAAGUCAAUUGUCCUGAAAAACACGGGAAUUAGCAGUGUCUCUUUGCUCCCGGUCGUGGCGGCAACUGCUUACAGCCAGCUCAAUGGCUUUCAUCGUGAAGUUGUGGAUUCGUGGGACGAAACUUUUGAUGAACUAGAAAGCAAAGCACCUCUUUCCGACGCGAACACUGGUGUGCCCCUUGAAUCAGAUAUGAGCUUCCCAUUGGUAAAACCCUCGCAGCAAAGUCCACCCAAACUAAAACGGUCCAAGAACCGGAUUUCUUCCCAAGCCUCGCAACAGCCCAAAUCGCAGUCGAUGAUUCUCGAUCCUCGAACUAAUGUAUCCCACGCACACCCGACUCAUAUCGCAGAGGUCUCGAGCGUCCUUCCCCUGACCAUGACGCCAGCAUUUUCUCUAUCUUCAGCUUCACAGCCAGUUCCAACGCUAUCUGAUUCGCAAGCUAGAAAUUCGCAGAAACAGAAGAGAAAGAAGAAACGACUACAAGGGUUUGGUUAG